GACCACAAAACAACACCCUUUCUUCUUUCUCGCACGUUUCUUCUCACGAUCCAUCUUCCCCCUCUUUUGUUUUAGCCUCGAUUGGAUUUUAAGACAUUAAGAAAGGUGUUCCAUCUCAUCAGGUGACCGCCCACCUUUGUUGUCGGUGACGUCUUUCACCUUUUCCUACUUUUUUUUCUCCCGUGGUCGGACGGUCCACUUCACAACUUCCCUUCCACAUCACACUUCCCACAGCCUGGUUGUCUGUCGGUCGUCUGUCCACUGCGCGAAAUAAAAGUUCUUGCUUUUUUUCUUUUUUUUUAGAUUCUUGUUGUCUAUUUUUUUUUAUUUAGAGGAGUGCAGAUAAAUUAUCAACCGCCAUCAUGCCUCCCAAGAAGGCGGAUCAGCCGAAGAAGAAGAAGGCCACUGUCGAUGACAAGACCUUUGGUAUGAAAAACAAAAAAGGCGGUUCAGCCAAGCGUCAAAUCGCGCAACUGAACGCGCAAGCGGCGACGAACCAAACGGCCGAAGCGAAGCGCAAGCAAGCGGAGAAGGACCGACGCGAUGCGGAAAAGAAGGCCUCGGAGCAAGCGCGGAAGGAGGCGAUGGAGCUGUUCAAGCCGGUGCAGAUCCAGAAGGUGCCGUUUGGGGUGGACCCGAAGACGGUGCUGUGCGUGUUCUUCAAGCAGGGGAACUGCGAGAAGGGACGCAAGUGCAAGUUCAGUCACGAUCCGAACGUGGAGCGCAAGGCGGCCAAGAAGGAUCUGUAUACGGAUUCGCGAGACGUGAAGGCGGAGGAGGAGGAGGCCAAGAAGAAGGAUACCAUUGAUCAGUGGGAUGAGGAGACGCUGCGCAAGGUCAUUCUCAGCAAGCAUGGUAACCCGCGGACGACGACCGAUAAGGUCUGCAAGUACUUCAUCGAGGCUGUCGAGAACCAGAAGUAUGGUUGGUUCUGGGUCUGUCCGAAUGGAGGUGAUAAGUGCAUGUACAAGCACAGUUUGCCGCCUGGAUUCGUCCUGAAAACGAAGGAACAGAAGAUGGCAGAGAAAGCUCUCAUGGACAAGUCCCCGCUCAACACCCUGACGCUGGAGGACUGGCUGGAGAGCGAACGACACAAGCUCACGGGCAACCUGACGCCCGUCACGCCCGAAUCCUUCGCCACGUGGAAGAAGGGCCGUCUAGACAAGAAGGCCGCCGAGGAGCAGGCCCAGAAGGCCAAGGAGGCGACUGGACGAACGCUAUUCGAGAGCGGCAACUGGCGCGACGAGGACGAGAGCAGUGAGGAAGAGGAUGGGGCCGCGGACGAUGACAUGUGGAACCUGGAAGCCAUGCGCCGGGAGACGGAGAGGAUACGAGAGGAGAAGGAGGCCGAGCGCUUCGCCAAGCUCAACGGCGCGCCCGUGCCAGCGUCGAACGACGAGACGAUCGCCCAGGAGGGAGAAGGCUGAAGCCGGUGUGACGCUCCCAAGUACGCAGGAAACCUUGGGCGAUUGGGUUGCGGACCUCCCACCCCUGGAAACGGUGGACCGGGCCGUCCGUCGUCCGGGGCCCGGGAUGUUGAUCGUGUUGAUGGAUUGGUAGAUACACUUGGUGUGGGCGACUCGGUUAUUUGCUCGCGGAUACACCUGACCUGUCGCCUUGUAUUGCCGUCUACACCUGGGUUGUUGGGUGGCUCUUGCGGUUCCCGUGAACGGUUGGUCGUGUCGCCUGGGGUUCAUCGUGGCGACUGUUCGGUUGCUGGGGGUGUAUCGGAACCCCCCUUUGGCAUGGAUCGGAGGGCACGGAGGGAAGGAGGGCAACGGGGGUUCCAUAGUACACAGUACACGAGAUUGAGAUAGAUCCCAGUGUCGGGGAUUGGAAGUUGAAGACUGCCUCAUGAUUUGCUAUGCCAUAUUUGUACGUAAAACAAGUUUGCUUCC